AUUUGGAUGAGUAAGAGAUACUUACAGAAAGCAACAAAAGGAAAGCUGCUAAUAAUAAUAUUUAUUGUAACCUUGUGGGGGAAAGUUGUAUCCAGUGCAAACCAUCAUAAAGCUCAUCAUGUUAAAACGGGCACUUGUGAAGUGGUGGCACUCCACAGAUGCUGUAAAAAGAACAAGAUAGAAGAGCGAUCACAAACAGUCAAGUGCUCCUCCUUCCCUGGGCAGGUGGCAGGCACCACGCGAGCAGCUCCAUCUUGUGUGGAUGCUUCAAUAGUGGAACAGAAAUGGUGGUGCCAUAUGCAGCCAUGUCUUGAGGGAGAGGAAUGUAAAGUUCUUCCAGAUCGGAAAGGAUGGAGCUGUUCCUCUGGGAAUAAAGUGAAAACAACUAGGUAA